UCACACCCCAAACCCUCAAACCUCCAGAGCUUCCUGCCCGUGAACCGAAAGGGGGAGUGUGAGUUUCUCGGGCCUGUUGGCAGGUGCUUUCUCAAAGGCCCAUGGGUCUCCACUUCCUGAGGAGAAGACACAGCCAGCAGACUCCUGUGGCAGAGCACAGCCAACAGAGACUCCUUCGGAGCCCGCUUUCCUCUGCCGUCCGGGCCACAGUCGCCUGAGCCCCUGCCUGUUGGUGCUGUGCUGGGGAGGACAGGAUGAAGGCGAAGACGCUGGUUAUCUCCACCAUCCUGCAGGCCCAACUCCCGCUCUCAGAGGCACAGAGCUUCGGCCUGCUGGACCCCAAACUCUGCUACCUGCUGGAUGGAAUCCUCUUCAUCUAUGGUGUCAUCAUCACCGCCCUGUUCCUCAGAGCAAAGUUCGGCAGGGGCGCGGAGGUGCCGGUCCACCAGCAGGGCCAGAACCAGCUCUACAAUGAGCUCAAUCUAGGACGAAGAGAGGAAUAUGACGUUUUGGAUAAGCGGCGGGCCCGGGACCCCGAGAUGGGCGGGAAGCAGCCGAGGAGGAAGAACCCCCAGGAAGGCGUGUACAACGCACUGCAAAAAGACAAGAUGGCAGAGGCCUACAGUGAGAUCGGAACGAAGGGCGAGCGGCGGAGAGCCAAGGGGCACGAUGGUCUUUACCAGGGCCUCAGCACGGCUACCAAGGACACCUAUGAUGCCCUCCACAUGCAGACCCUGCCCCCUCGCUAACAGCCAAAGGAUUCCACCUCUCACAGCCUGACCUACGGGCGCCCACUUUGUGAAGGACGUAGGAUUAAGCAUUCACAGCCACCAAAGUGUCCCUGUAGGAAUAGGGUGCCUCAAGUUGUAACAUUUGGUCUUCUCCAAACCCAAACCAUCCCACACAGAACGUCAUCCCUGGACUCCCUCAGGGAGGGCCCCCUGCCCCAGGGUGGCUGUCCUGUCCUGGGGUCUUCUGGCUCGCUGGUGACUGUAGACAGCCCCCUUUCCCUGAGGUUCCAGGCCCUGGCUGGGGGACAGCCUCAGUCCCUCUCACAGCUCACCCGUUAUGUCUGUGUUUUGUAAAGUCCCCAGGGAAGCCCCGAAUGUUAACACAUGUCCUGUCUGUAUCUUUCUGUCCAAAUUUGAGUGGCUUUGCUCCUGCUGUAAAUUUGGCUUCUCUCGUCAACCUUCCCUCAUUUCAAGGUAGCCUGUCAGGGCCACGUGGUGAAAGGGCCGAAGGCAGCCCUGGCAGCAGCACAGUUUGCUGGGUAGCUGAGGGAGGACAGGGCACAGGAAGGACUAUGGGGAGCAGGAGGCCCCUCCCAUCAGGUGUGGUUGUCACAGGUGCCCCAGGGACUGAGAGAUGGACAAGAUAGCCUCCCUUCAUGGAGCUCAUGCUGAGGGGGAGCACUGGCAAGACAGUAUGAAUACCGCAAGAAGUGUCACUAUGGAGGCUGAGCGAGAGAGGGGUGCAAGCUCGGCCUUCCUCUCAAGCCUGGCCUCACCCCACACUCGGCCUGAUUGGCGGGCUGUCCUUACGGAGGUCUUGAAGAUGAUCUGGCACCAUGUAGGCCCCUGACCAUCCCUGUGGGCCAUGGGAGAAAGCCCUGGACACUUGCUGGACACAUGGCCAUGGAUGG